AUGGGACUGAAAGGCACUCCGCUCGGGAUCUUCCGAGCUUACUUCUUUGGAUUCUUUGUCUGUACGGCUGGAUUCUUGUUCGGAUAUGAUACGGGCAUCGUGGGAGGCAUCCUCACCUUCAAAUCCUACCAAGAUGACUUCGGAUACGGCGACCAAACGACCGUCAACGCCGUCAUGGUCAGCCUCCAAAACGUCGGCGCCUUCAUCGCCGCGCUGGGCAUCUUCCCCGUCUCGGAGCGCUACGGUCGCAAGAUAACCGUCCAGGUCGCCAUGACGCUCUUCUGCAUCGGCGUGAUCCUCCAGGUCGUGCCCUCGCACUCCCUUGUCUGCUUCUACAUCGGUCGCGUGGUGUCGGGACUGGGCCUGGGCGCCGGCACCGCCGUCGUCCCCGCUUAUAAUGCCGAGAUGGCGCCUAAGGAGAUCCGCGGUAUGCUGGGCUCCGGUAUGCAGUGGCUGUUUGCGCUGGGCGUCAUGGUGAGCUACUGGAUUGACUAUGGUGUUAAGGUCGGUCUGCCCGUGUCGUCGAAGCAGUGGCAGAUCCCCGUCGGGCUGCAGCUGGUACCGGCUGCCGUGCUGGGGCUGGGACUGAUCACCCAGCCGGAGAGUGUGCGGUGGCUGGUCAAGAAGGAGCGGUAUGAUGAAGCGUGGGCGAGUUUAACGUGGAUGCGGGCGGACGAUGGCGACGCCGUCAAAGCCGAAUUCAACGAAAUCCGCGUCGGCCUCGCCGAAGAACUCCGCGCGACAGAUGGCCUCCGCAAGCGCGAGCUCCUCGAGAAAUCCAACAUCUACCGGCUCGUCCUUGUCUUCGGGAUCUUCCUCGGCCAGCAAUGCACCGGCAUGACAGCGCUCGCCUACUUCGGCCCCCAAUUCUUCAAGCUCAUCGUCGGCGACGACACGAACCAGUCCCUGCUGAUCACAGGGCUCUUCGGCGCGGAGAAGUUCGUCAUGGUCGGGAUCUACAUCCUCUUCUUCUCCGAGAAGUGGGGCCGCAAGCCUACCCUAUGGAUCUCAGCCCUGCUCAUGGCAAGCUGCUUCAUCAUCGUCAACGUCGUCACAGAGACAACCCCCAAGCCGGAAGGCGAAACCACUUCCGCAGGGAUCGGCACAGUCGCCAUGAUCUUCCUCACGAACUCAGUUUACCAGUUCUCAUGGGGCCCUCUGCCGUGGCCGUACACAGCUGAGAUCUUCCCGUCGCGAAUCCGCGAGGUCGGAACGUCGGUGGCGGUGUCGACGCAGUGGCUGUUUAACUUUUUGUUUUCGCUGGUGACGCCGUAUAUGAUUGCUUCGUGGGGCAGCUACACGUUUACCUUUUAUGCGGUGUUGGAUGUGAUUAUGGCGAUUAUGGUGUUUUUCUUUGCGAAGGAGACGAAGGGGAAGAGUUUGGAGGAGAUGGAGACGCUAUUUGAGAGUAGGGCUGCUUUUGAUGUUGAGGCUGUUAGGAAUAAGGCGUUGUCUGUUUAUAGGGAGGGGGCUGUAGAGGGAGAGAGGGAUGGGGAGGGAGAGGGAGAGGGGGUGGAAAGGGUGGAUGUCAAGGCGAGUAAGGCCGUGCCGUGA